UGCUCUUACCCUGAACAACAUAUGUUCUUUCGUAAGUUGAUAGCACCUGUCAAGAACCUCUGGUGAGGGUCGCAUCGAAUCUUAAUUUGAUAAUGUCAGCGCGGAAAGACUUCUUGGCUCUUUGGAAGUCUCCGGGUAAAGCACUCAGACAGGAGGUGAUAGAUGAGCCAGAGCCACACGACGCGACCAAGGAGAACAACGAUGCGAUACCUGAAAAUAAAUAUGAGUACACCCACCUUCCAGAGGAUGGCCACUACAUCCGUAUCCUCGAACUUCACGCAGGCGAUAAAAAUGAUCCCAUUGUCUGCGAUUUGAAAGACACACAUCUGAAUGAAACCGUGGAUCAGUACGACGCCCUGAGCUAUGUUUGGGGAGAAGAGGGGACUCGAAUCGCGAUCCAAGUCAACAAUGGUAGGCUUGAAAUUGGACCAAGUCUCCACUGCGCGUUGCGGUAUUUGAGAUACCCAGAUAAAUCACGUUUUCUUUGGGUGGACGCCAUUUGUAUCGAUCAAUCGAGCUUUUCCGAACGAGGAAUUCAAGUGCCUCUCAUGUGCGAAAUUUACCGCAAUGGUACCGCGACCAUCUGCUUCCUCGGGCCCGAGAUCAAGACGACGGGGAUUAUGUUUAACAUGUUAGAGAAGCUUGCCGAAGAAAGCAAGACAAUUAAUUAUGACAGCUUCAACACUCCGGAGACACUACCGGCUUUUGUCAACCAUCUUCCCGUUCACAAGGUCAAUACUAAACUCUACGAUGAAUUUUUCGCAGACACCACAAUCGUAGACAUCGCAUCACGGUCGUGGUGGUUUCGAGCUUGGACUGUUCAGGAAUUAUUGCUAUCUUCGAAUGCGGUCUUGAUGAUUGGCAAAUACACUAUCACGUGGGAAAAUUUUCGUGCUGCUACUGACCAUGGACUUAACAUCCAAAUAUGGAACCACUCUGUCCUUGGUUUUAUAGUAAAUCCAGUGGUCGUGCCAUACAUAUCCAUGCGAGCCCUCACGAACCGUUAUCGACUCCCCGACCAGCGAGGCACACCUGCUGUGGACCUUCUUCGUCUCUUGGUACAUUGCAGACACCGCGAAUCGAGAGAUCCGCGAGACAAAAUAUAUGCUCUCCUAGGAAUCCUCCGCGAUGCGCACUCCGAAGCUCUGAAGCAUCAUUCUCCCGAUGCCCCUGAGAUCAAGAUCGAGUACAAAACGGACGUCCGGGAAGUCUAUUGCAAGAUUUCCAAGGAGAUCAUCGCCAAAACCAAUACUCUCGACAGCCUGGGCGUUCGUCCCAGGACAAGUCUAGACUUGCCAUCAUGGGCGACAGACUGGAGCGUUACGGAUAGAAUAGGAUCUCCUCUGACGCAAGACUCGCUGGACAGACCCAGAAAGACCCACGCAACAAAGCAAUCCAAGGCCGAUGCCUCCUUCACGUCAGACACAUCUCGACUUAUUCUGAGUGGCUUCGAAGUCACAACUAUUACUGCGCUAUCGGAAGUACUCCCUGCUCCAGAAUUGGAGAACGUUGCAGGAAGUAGGAUGUUGGUGCAACUGGAGAAAGAUAUCAAUUCAUCAAUGCCAAAUGUUGAUAGGUUCCAAGCCUGGCGAACCCAAGCUUCAUCUCCGGAAUCUGAAUCCGUGGUUGUAACAACAGGCUCAAAGCUUCACACAGUACUGACCAAGACAAGGAUGCAUUUCGCGAGGUCCGCAUAUACUGUCAAUAGCUUCGCGAUAAAUUCUGCAGCUAAUAUUGCCCUAUGGACAGUCAUUAUACUCUGGAUUGUCAAAAUCAUGACCAAAACCUUGGUCAUUCAGUACUUCAGCUUCGAGAAAGAUGGUCAGUAUAUCAUGUCCGCGUUCCACACUCUGUUCCGUUGGGAGAAGUUCGUAGCCGAGCAACAAUGUACGAAUCCUGGCAUCGAACCUGGCGAAUUGUACUGGCAGACCUUGUGCUGCGGCACAUAUAAGGACUCGGGACCUGCAGAAACAAAACGAUCUUUUGAGCAAUGGUACGAACUGUUGGAACCGUUGCGCAAGUUUGUGAGGAAUUUUGGCUGGGUUAGCAGAACGUUCCCCUGGAUAGGAAUUGCGGUAUAUAUGCGCGCAACGUGGGACACUUAUGGAGAUUUCUGGCCAUUUAUAGGUGCUUCGCAGCAUAGACGGUUGGGGAAGCUGGAGAAUGGUUGGUUGGGAGUGCUUCCUGGGGACGCGAGAGUUGGUGAUAUUGUGGUUCUGGCGAGGGGAGGAAGGGUUCCGCUGGUUGUGAGAAAAGAAGAGGUAGAGGAGAAGGAAAGGAUCUUGUUUGUUGGUGAAGCGUAUAUCCAUGGUAUCAUGGAUGGAGAAAUCUGGGACGAAAAGAAGUGCGAUGAGAUGAAGAUAUGGUAGAGACUAAAUGUGCCUCCAAUGGAAUGGCGAGUGUACAGGUACAUCUGCAAUUCAGCAGUGAGGUGUCACCUUAUAAGGAAACAGAUAUUGAAAUUUGAAUAUCUUGUUGCUUUCAGAUUUGGGGAUUCGAGCCAACUGGAAGUGGAAACAGAAAGAAAUGGAUCAAAGUAAGAAACGGCGGACAAAUCAGACUUGUUGGAUCUUGCAAUGAUAUCUGAAAGCGCCGUGCUGGGAUUUAGAUCUCGGCCUCCAACCGCUUAGGGAAGUAUGUCUAGUUUCCAAGCUCAUUUACAUCGGAA